CAACAAGUUAAAUCCCUAAAUUAAUUUGACAUUUCCCUAGUCCGUACAAUUGUAAAUUUUCCUCAAAAUCUCCGCCGCGAACACACCGAUGACGGCUGCUCCUCCGUCUCUUCUUCUGCUCUCUCUACUCCUAAUUUCUUCUCCUCUCUCGCACGCCGCCUUCUUUUCCAACUAUCAAUCUCUAUUUUCCCUCUCGCACUCCCUGAUUUCCCGCGUCGCCACCCUCCGCCUCGCCCGCGGCGAUUUCGUCGGCGCGGAGCGGGCCAGGACGCUGGCCCGAAAUAUCGAGCGCUUCACGGGCCUGGGCUUCUACAUGUUCGCUUGGAACGUGGGGUGGAACUAUGUGAGGAAUUACGCGUGGGGUGACGCGGCGUCGUUUCGAACCCUAGGCGGCUUAAUGUCGGAUCUGAACGAGCUGCUGGGAGCUCUGUACGAGCUGAACCGGAUCGACUCGGACGCGGAGAGGGUCGCUUGGAUCGGUCGGAAUUACAAAAAAGCCCUUGGUGUCUCGAAGUCGAUCUUUGCUCGGCUGCUCACUGUUUUCCGUCAAUCCGGGCCAUUGCGCGAAGCUGUGGAAGUUUUGCAGCAAGAAGUUUUGGAGGGUGGUUUGCUGAUAGACUGCCUUGAGUUGGGUUCUGAUGAUCUCAAGGGCUUGAUACAAGUUGUUAAGGACAUUGCCUUUCAAUAUUCCUCAGGUUCUUCUAAAACCGACUUGUGAAUGGAAAUUUAGUCGAGGGUUAGGAUUGUAAACUUAGAAGCAGUUGUUAAGGCAGAUCAAACAACAAAAUUUGCAUUUUUAGUAGCUAAGCUGUUGUUCUACUUUGAGAGUUGAAAUGCAUUUUUAGUUUUUGUUUCUGCUGUUUAUAGGAUGAAUUUUUUAAUCUUUGACUAACGAAGAGUUGUAAAAAUAACGCUGAGUAUUCUUAUUUUACGGCGCUUUCAUGGCGUAUAAAUUAUCAUAUGCGAGUUUAUGAUGCUGCUUGUAUUGGUGAACAAGCCAAAGUUCCCAGCUUUUAGUUUAAAGCAGAGGCUUUCCAUAUUAGACUGUGAGAUUUUGAUAAGCAUGUCAAAGGGUC